AUGUUCAACACUUCAAACGCGAACAACGAGUGCCUCGCGAAUGGAGCAUCCCCUCACCAGGCAAACACGCUACAGGAAAAUAUUCUUCUCGAAGCUCGAUGUCCAAAAGCAAGCAGGCCAGGAGGUCACAUUGAUUCACAGUUGGAUGUCAAACCGGUUGUCAGCAUGAAUGCAGCGAACGCAGCGGCUUACGGGAGAAUUUACCGCACACCGAAUGAAAGGCGGGCGGAUGGACAGCACUCGCCAUCUGUGUCAGAAGUACGCCGGUUCUAA